AUGAGUCUUCCAAAACCAAAUCCGUCUCCCUCACCAUCUCUACUACGCUCAAGAGACCAACACGACACAACAGCACACACACAUUUCGAAUCUGGAAGUCCCUCCCUACCUCGACCCAUAUCCCAACCACCCUCAUCCGCCUACGGCAUCAACAUCAUCAUAUCGCCUCCAUCAGAUGCAACACCACCUUCAUCGUCCUCUCCUCACAAGACAUAUAUUGACGACUUGUAUCGUGAAGCUGUGAAACUGCCAUCGAAUCAAGCGCAGAUAUCGCUGUCUGCUGCUACAGAGUAUGGAGUACCGAUGCAGAGGACGCUGUCUGAGAUUGUAGAGGACAGAGGUGGGAUUGUGCUGUCGGGGCUCGCUCGCGACGAGGGACUGGGGACGUUUCGUGGUGUGAUUGUUCCAAAUUUGGAGUUCAUGUGGAGUGUGCUUAUAUUUAUUCGUUUUGGAUUGAUUACAGCUCUAGCAGGAGUCUUGUAUUCCUUGCUGCUCGUUGUCUUGUGUGCGAUAGUCGUAAGUUUUACAAUGUCAAGUGUGUCUGCUAUUGCGACCAAUGGAGUCCCAAGAGCUGGUAUUCUCAGCGUCCUUACACGAAGUCUUGGUAAACCGAUCGGAGCCGGCAUCGUGCUCCUCUACUAUGUCGCAGUAGCAUCCUUCACGUCUAUCGAAAUCGUCGGUAGUGUAGAAGGGCUGUUUGAAGCUACGGCUUUCAGGCCGCUACCAUCUCUAUACUGGACUCAAGUGCUGCUCGCCAUGCUAUGCAUGAUUGCAAUCUCAUGCGUCGUGAUGUGUGGUGAUAGAGUGGUACAUCCAGUAUCGUUGUUUUUCAUGGCGGUGUUGAUAAUAUCGUUUCUUUCUGUCUUGACUGGAUUGGUUGUUUCGCCUUUUGUGAGAAACAUGGGUGAGAUGGUCACGGGACUGUCGUUCAAGACUCUGGCGUCUAAUUUCUGGCCGUCCAGACACUUUGAUGCGCGUGAGAUGUUGAGUUUGCUGUUUCCGUGCUUUGUUGGCAUUUAUACUGGAGUAAACCACGCCUCACAAUUGAAGAACCCAUUCGUAUCCAUUCCACAAGGUGGAUUCACCGCAAUCGCAAUCUCCACGUCCCUAUAUUCAGCCAUGCUAUUACUCAUUGCCGCCACCAUUAAACGCGAGGCUCUACUCACCAAAACCAUGAUACUCGCCGAAGUAGCAUAUCCAGUACGACACGCUGCUAUUGCUGGUGUCCUACUAGUUGGUAUUGGAAGUGCGCUGCAAUGUUUGGUGAUUAGUUCAUCGGUAUUGCAGACACUUUCACUAAUGGAUGUGCUACCUGGAUUGGCUGUGCUCGGCCUGAACAAGUCGAUACUUAUAACGAUGUGCUUGGCAUUACCGUUUUUGUUUAUCUCGAAAUUGGAGGAAUUGGCUGUGAUAGUUACAACGUCGUUCUUGUUGUGCUACGGAGUUACCAACUUUGCAGCAUUUCUGCUGUCGGUUUUCAAAGCUCCCAACUGGAGACCACUCUUCGAAUUGCAUCAUUGGAUUGUGUCUCUUAUUGGUCUAUUUGCGUGCUUUGGCGUCAUGAUAUAUAUUAGCUUGUUAGGAAGUCUUUUGGCUCUAGUGAUUUCCGUUGUCUCAGGAUAUGUGAUCUUUGUGUCAAGUGAACGUGUCACCUUUGGAGAGGGAUUACGAUCCCUUCUCUUCCAUCUGUCUCUGGGUCAUCUCUUAUCUGGAGAAACCGAAGAAUACCACGAGAACGUAUUCAGAUUGACUAGCCACCAGCCUCCAACCGCACCCGAAGAAUGCAAUCUACCUUCAGUCCUAGAGCAAGGCACAGGCAAACUCUGGAGACCCAAAAUCUUGUGUUUCGUAGAUCACUCGCAUCUCGGAUUCAGUGUCGGCCACCAGAGACUAUUGAGUCUCGUGGCUCAACUAAAGUCUCGAAGUGGGCUAGCAUUCAUGAUUGCUUCCACGACUCCGAAAGAUAUCGAUACGCAACUGCCAACACCACUCGUGUCUGAUCCUGUAGCGUGGAGGGCUCGACAAGAUCGUAUUGAUUCGGUCUUGUUGCAGCGCCGGGUGCAGCUUCAACGUGCUAUGCGUGAUGAACGGUUAAGGGGGUUUUCAAAGAGUCUUUUUGGAGAGAGUUUGCAGGAUAUUCAGAAUCUUACAAUGGAUGGUCUUGGACUAGGAGAAUUACAGCCCAACACUGUCGUCGCUAUCUGGCCACAACAUCACAACCACCACCAUCAUGGCCAUCACCAUCAUCAUACAGGCGACGAGAAUCUUCACGAAGGCUUCCAGUAUCUAAUGGAUUUGACACUUCGCAGAGGGAAUACUUUUAUGAUUGUCAAAGGAAUUGGCUUCUUCCCAUCAAAUCGACAACGACUUCACGGCACUAUCGAUGUCUGGUGGACGAAUGACACACAAAGCAGUCAAACUCUACCGUUACUGAUUGCCUACAUACUCCAACAACAUCGAGUAUGGGCCGCAUGCUGUAUACGAAUCUUCGUCGCAGCACAUACCACUGAAAACCAUAAUACGUUGGAAGCUACCAUCAGAUUGAACUUGACCUUGUUGAGAAUACCAGUGGAGAGUGUCGAGGUUGUUGCGAUUCAGUUGCCGUAUCAUGCACAUCAACUUCCCAUCACAAUUGAUUCGAAACGACAUUCAACGGCAGAAGCUGAUGGUACUGAUGAUGAAGAGGUGUACUUGCUAUCUCCAAAGCAAUCUCAUUCUCCAUCAUACUACACCUUUGCCAAAACUUGGUCUCCUCAUGUGCAACGCCAUCUUUCAAACUCUCAACACAGACGAGACUUGUUUCUUCGCGGUGUAGCAGCUGCCUCAUUGAAAAUGGAGAUAGACGCUCGAUCUUCGAAGCACGAAACGGCUUUAGUUAUCAUGAAUGUACCUGGGAUUGAUCAAGACGGGGCGAUGCAGUUGAGUGUCGUCCAACGAGGAAUCCUGUACACUGAACUCAUCGAAUAUUUGACGUCGAGCUUGACGAGAACUCUGUUGGUGAUUCCUGGAGCAAAAGCAGUCAAAACGCUUCAAAAUAUUUGA